AUGGGAGGUAAAAUAAUUGGAACUAAUCCACCACAACAACGUAAACCUAGGCCACCUCCAACAACUGACUCGACGAAACCAUCAAGACCACCAGCAACGUCAAUAAUACCGCCAGAGCUAUUUAUCACGAUAUGUGAACCACUUACACCCGAUGAUUUAUUUUCAUUGUCCCACGCAAUCCAUAUGGCGAAAGUCAAGGUUGACCUUCUUAUCAUAUCCUACCUUACUCCACCUCCACCUCCACCUCACGGUUCGGCCUGUCCUGAUGACAUGGAUGAGAGAAUUUACAUUCUAAUGACAAACAUAGCUAUAAGAUGUCAAUUUUGUCGUGAUCGAUCAUAUACCGACAGCGCAAUCGGAUUAUUCGUUAGCAUUGGAAUCCGAUUUAUUAUCGGUUUGGAUGAUGCAACAAAAGCAAAGUUAGAACGUUACAUGAGCUUGAUAGAGCGUCAUGAAUGGGAAUUUAAGAAUGAAAUGACGAAAUGGUCGUAUCAAACCACAUUAUCCUUGCAGGAAAUACGAUUACGCUCAAGUUAUAUGGCGGAAGAAAUCGCUUCUGACAUGAACUUGGAUCCCGAAAAAUUAAAGGAUUGGGAGAUUUAUUGGUAUCCUAUGGACACGAAGACCGUUAGAAACUUAACCGAAGAUGAUUGGGACAAUUGGAGGGUUGAGGUUGAGACAGAAUGUAAAAAGAUCAGAAGGAAAUCACAGAAAUGGUUUAAUAGAUUUUCUAGAGCUAGUAUAACAUU